UCGGCGAGUUAUAACGCGUCUUACAGCCUACAGUGCCUUCCUAGAGUAAAGUUACCGCCGAAAACAAAACGCUUAGCAGAUAUUCGCGGCUAUACGGCUUAACAACGUGCUAAAAAUUUAAGUACCGCGCUUUUAGCACUCGAAAACUCGUUUUAGGCACGUGUGUGGAUUGAGCACGAUAACACAAAAGCACUUCAUAACCAAAGAAGGAAAGUGAUUACGAAGACCGGUGAAAGGAGUUGAUCAAAACAGAGGCGAAAAUUACCAGGUUUCUACGUAGCCGAACAUGUGAUUCAAAACACCAGGAAUUCAUCUGAUGCCGGUGUGUGGUGGCUGCUUUUCGACCUUUAAUGGAUUUACCAACGACUUAAUUGUGCUUCAUGAUCUAAGGUUUUAGCGUUUUGACAAGCUUAGGCUAGAUUGAUCGAAGAGGUGAAUUUUGAUCAUCACUGAAUAAAUUGGGAAAGUGAGAAACCGAAAACGAGUAGCAUAACAAGUGGAACGAGUGGAAAGUUUGGAUUUGACCGACAUGAAAUUUGCCAUGCUGCAGGUUAAUGCUGUGCAGAAGUGAUUCGCGUAAAGCUAUUCAUUGCGCAAGAAGAAUUCGCAUUCAAAACGUGAUAUUUCAAACAAACAUAGAGUGUCAUCAUGGAUACGGAGCCGGAGUGGAAGAUAACGAUGGCUGCCUUGAAACAGACCUUGCUGUCGUUGUCCGUUUCGCUGUCCUAUUUCUGCAUCGGCCUUGUUCGAGGCUACUCAGCCCCCGCCGUUCCAUCGAUGAACGAAAUCAAUCCAGGGCUGCUCCCCAGCAAAAACAUCGCCUCCUGGGUCAGCUCCAUCCCUCCCUUUGGAGCCCUCUUCGGCAGUCUGGUGGCAUUUCCGUUGAUGCACAAAAUCGGUCGAAAAUACACCGUGAUGCUGACGUCACCGGUGUGGGUGGCCGCAUGGAUUCUGAUAGCAACGGCUGAGGACUGGAGGGUGCUUCUGAUAGCGAGGAUGCUAUCCGGAUUCGGUGCAGGAUUAACACUGCCGUCAGCGCAGAUCUACGUGAGUGAGUGUAGCGAUCCGAAGAUUCGGGGAGUUAUUGGAUCGUUGCCUGCAUUGUCCAUGUCAGCAGGGAUAUUGGUGAUCUACGUGCUUGGAAAGUACGUCGUGUGGCGAACGCUGGCAUGGGUCUGCUGCGGUGUGGCAGUAUUCCUAUUCAUAGCUGUGAUAAGCUUUCCACAAUCCCCGGUCUGGUUGAAGACGAAGAAACGGUACGAAAAAGCUCAUAACUCGGCCAAAUGGCUGCACCUGCAGGGGUUUACCUUCGACCCGAGAGCUCAAGAAAUUCAGAAAGCAGUGAACAAUGGAACUACGGUGGAAAAGAAAGAGAAACCAUUCUCCAAAGACGCCUUGUACCGCAGAGAAGUCCUACUUCCUCUAGCCAUCGGUCUAGCACUGCUUUCGAUUCAACAGUUGAGUGGAAUAGAUGCUGUGAUCUUUUUUACGGUGGAGAUAUUCCGAUCAGCAGGAAGCUCUUUGGAUGGACACCUAGCUACCAUUAUCGUGGGAGCCGUUCAGGUACUUAGUAACUUCGCUGCACUGUUUGUGGUGGAUCGAGCUGGGCGAAAACCUCUGCUUAUCACUUCCGGAGUGAUUAUGUCCAUUGCCAUGGCUUCUAUGGGAGCGGCUUUCCAUCUGAAUUCGAUUGGAAACACAAACUUUGGGUACCUUCCGGUGGCGAGUCUGAUAGUUUUCAUGGUUGGCUUCUCCAUCGGAUUCGGUUGCAUUCCAUUCCUUUUGAUGGGUGAACUAUUUCCAACGGCUCAGCGAAGUUUGCUGAGUUCUCUGGCCGGAUCGUUCAAUCUGCUGGUGAUGUUCAUUGUGAUCAAAACCUACCAUCCCCUUGAAGAUAUCAUCACAACAUCGGGAACAUUCUGGAUGUACAGCAUUCUGUGCGCCGUCGGAGUGGUAUUUGUGAUAACCGUCGUUCCCGAAACGAAAGGACGAGAUUUGGAAAGCAUACACAAGUUGUUCGAAAAGAGCUCCCCGAAGAGUGACAGUGUGGAAGCCGGUUCAAAGCAGGGUCAUGACAACCCAGCCAUGAGUAGUGAGGACGAAAUAGUGCCAUACGGCGAAUUUAGGAAGGUAGAUACCAAAUUGUAAUGUGAUUAUUUAUUUUAGAAUAAAUCGAUGA